UUUAGAUAGUCUGGUACCAGCGAUUCGGUCAAGAGAAGCACAAAAUAAUAAUUUUACGAGAACAAUGACCAAUUCAGUAAUCAAUUACCGGCAUCUUUGCACAGUUAUUUUAAUAUGCCUACACAUCCAGUAUUCAUUUAGUGCAAAUUUGACUAAACUAAGUGUUAGUGAUUGGUGGGAGAAAGCCGGAUUUUAUCAAAUUUAUCCCCGCUCCUUCAAGGACAGCAACGGCGAUGGCAUUGGCGAUCUCAACGGAAUAACUGAAAAGCUGCCCUAUCUUAAAUCUAUCGGAAUCAAGGCAUUCUGGUUGUCACCCAUUUAUAAGAGUCCGAUGGCCGAUUUCGGUUACGACAUUUCCGAUUUCCGUGCUAUACAGCCAGAGUACGGUACGAUGGCGGACUUCGACAAUAUGGUUAAGAAAAAGAACGAGCUUGGAUUGAAACUAAUUCUAGAUUUCGUUCCCAAUCAUUCAAGUGAUGAGCACGAAUGGUUCAAAAACAGUGAGCGCAAUGUGUCAGGGUACGAGGAUUAUUACGUAUGGCAUAGCGGAAAACCGGGUGGUGAUCCAAAUCGAAAUGAUCCUCCGAAUAACUGGGUUGAAGCUUUUCGAGGCAGUGCCUGGCGAUGGAGUGAGACACGAAAGCAGUAUUAUUUGCAUCAGUUUCACUACAAGCAACCUGAUCUUAACUAUAGAAAUCCCAAGGUGGUUACCGAGAUGAAAAACGUUCUUAGUUUUUGGCUGGCCAAGGGAGUUGACGGUUUUCGCGUAGACGCAGUACCGUGUUUGUUUGAAGAUCCGAACUUCCUUGAUGAACCCAUAUCGGGAAACUCAAACGAUUCAUUGAAUACAGACUACCUAACCCAUAUCUACACGCAAGAUUUACCAGAAACAGUUGAUAUGGUGUACCAGUGGCGUGAGUUGAUGGACGACUUCAAGAAAAGAAACGGCGGAGAUACACGAGUACUGAUGACGGAAUCAUAUUCAAGCCUAAGUGUUGUUAGUACUUAUUUCCAAGAUCAGAACAAACGUCAAGGUUCGCAAAUGCCGUUCAAUUUUCAACUUAUAAUACACUUGGACCAAAACUCAAAAGCAGCCAAGUUUAAAACUGUCAUUGAUUCAUGGUUGAAUAUCGUUCCUCCAGGACACACUCCAAACUGGGUUCUUGGCAAUCACGACCGACGACGCGUAGCAUCUCGAAUGGGAGGAGAGCAAAUGGCUGAUCUGAUGGAACUGGUCGAAUUAUCGCUGCCGGGUGCAACGGUUACUUAUCAAGGCGAGGAAAUCGGUAUGACAGACUACGAACUAACUUGGGCGGAAACCAAAGAUCCGGCCGCCUGUCAAACCUCUCCAGAUGAUUAUCAAACGUAUACCAGAGAUCCCGCACGUACUCCGUUUCAUUGGAACAACGGAACAAUGGCAGGUUUUACGACUGGCUCCUCCUCUUGGCUUCCUAUAAAUCCAAAGUACACUACAGUCAAUGUGGAGAGUGAAUUAAAUGCUACCAAAAGCCACAUCAAAGUGUUUAAACGACUUAUGGAACUACGCGAUAAGGAUGAUUUCCAUAAUGUUGAAUAUGGAACUGGCACGCUGGGAGAUAACGUGUUUGCGAUUUUACGUUCUGGACCCGUGAGCUCAUCUAAGCCCACGAUUUAUGUCACAUUGGUUAAUCUAGCUAACCAGCAAGAGAAAGUAAACGUUCAAAAUCUGUUCCAAAGCUUUUCAGUUUCAUCCGUGAAUCAGCUUCGCGUCGAAGUGGCUAGUGUUUCGUCCAAAAAAUCUGAAGGAGACUCUGUGAGUUCAGAAAAUGUGGACUUACUACCGUAUGAGGGUCUAGUUUUGAUUAGUGCUGGAUCAGCUUUAAUUCUCAGUAAAAUUCUGAUUAUGACAGUAUUAUUAAAAAUAUUUUUGUGGCAUUAAACUUAAGGCACAAAAUUUGAGACAUAAGAAUGUUUUGUAAUAUAAAACUUUUCAAAAACAUAACAAAAAACUCUAUCAUGAGGAAUUUGAAACUGCAUCAUCCCUUCUAAAACCAGUAACUGUUACAUUCAUACCACGGUACAUGUGACAAUCAGUCUUGAUGAGAACCGAAUUAUUCAACAUUACCACAUGCUGCAUUACAUAUGAAAUUCGAUCCACAACCGGAAAUAGUAGCCAAUCAAUUUGCUCAGCGAUUGUUUAAUUGAUUUUCACAAACUUUGGUUCAAAUGAAAAGUCUUGUGGAACCAUACAAUAUUUCUAAAUUUCAUUCGGAUCCGACUUCUGGUUCCAUAAUUAUAGAGUAAAGUGUGUUUAAAAUGUUAUACCAUCAUUUAAAGCGGCGAAAUAUAAAUUUUAAACUGGCCUCAAAACUA